UCUCAACCUAGUGCAGGUUCAGAAAGCAGUAAAUUGGUGUUCUUUUAUAUUUUCAUCCUUGUUUCACAAACCUGAGCCCAAAUGAACACUCCUACAGUAAAGGUCAUCGACAAGCGAUCAGUUCACCAAAUAUGUUCAGGCCAAGUUGUUGUUACCUUAGCAACAGCUGUAAAAGAACUAGUCGAAAAUAGUUUAGACGCUGGCACAACCAACAUUGAAGUCCGCCUCAGGAACUGGGGUGCUGAUUCAUUAGAAGUGGUCGACAAUGGUUUUGGGGUUUUGCCAGAAAACUUUGCAGCACUGACAUUAAAACACCAUACAUCAAAGCUGAAUGUGUUUGCAGAUCUGGUUGGUGUUGAGACAUUUGGGUUUCGUGGUGAAGCGCUUAGCUCGUUAUGUGCAUUAGGGUAAGAUAUAAUAGGGCAAGUAGAUGGUAGCCUGUGUAUAGCCAAAGUAGGUGGUUGUAUCAGAAGUAAUCGUAUGAUAAAGUAAUCUGGUUGACGAACAAGCUUUCAUUGGUAGGGAUGCAACUACCUGAAAAAUAUAAGGAGAAUUUCCACGUUUCGAGCAAAGGCCCUUCAUCUGAAGUUACAGUAACUCCAGAGACGAAAGGCCUUCGGUCGAAAUUCUCCUAAUAUACUUUUCAGAUAGUUGCAUAUCCCUACCAACAAAAGCUUGUUUAUUUGAUUGGCACUACCUACACUGGCAAAGACAGUUCAAAAUUAUAAUCUGGUUGAUCCCUCACAACAUCGGAAGUCUUCUAGUUGAUACCUACAGGAACAAGAAUAGUAAACUACUGAUCUCUCAAAUCUAUUUUUGCCAUCUGAUUGUAGACAACUACAUGUAAAGAAAGGAGUAAUAUAGACUUCUCAUUCUCACUGGUAACUGCCGGGUGGAAAAUCAUAGUCGUAAGGGAGACGGGAGGCCCCCCCUCCAAUGAAACUGGAUGCUCACUUUUCUACCGUGCAACUGAGGGCAAAUUAUAAUCAGACACCUACAUAUUGCAGGAAUCGAACCCUGCAUGGUCACAAAGCCAUAUGAUGUAACCAAUGUCCCACCAACACACACACCCAUCCCACCAUCAUAACCUAAAACACCCCAAAAAAUAUGAAUGGUCUGUGCCAGCGUAGGUAGUAAAACAAAAACACCAGAGAAAUGCAGAUGGAUCUGGAUUCAACUACCUGAAAAAUACAUUGGCAAAACUUCAACACUUCGAGCGAAGGCCCUCGUCGGGAAGUUAGUAUCGGCUGGUUGGCUACUAGCUUCCCAACGAAGGGCCUUCGCUCUAAACGUUGAAGUUUCGCUAAUUGUAUUCAGGUAGUUGAAUCCAUCUGCAUUUCCCAAGAAAAUAUGUUGCCAAUUUUUCCAAUCUAGCAAUCUUUCUAUAACAACAUGCCACAAGUCACAGAGUAUUGGAGCAAGAAUCGAAUACGACCAUGAUGGCCAGAUAACCAAACAACAAGCAACAGCAAGAACCCAUGGCACCACAGUAACACUACAGAAUCUCUUCUCAACUCUCCCAGUCCGUCAUAAGGAGUUUCUACGCAACAUAAAACGCGAAUACACGAAAAUGAUGCAGGUUUUGCAAGGGUAUUGUGUGAUUUCAACUGGUGUAAGGAUCAGUUGUUACACUAUUGGCGAGAAAGGCAAGAAAUCUGUGGCAUUGGCAACUCAUGGUAAUAAUGACAUGAGAGAGAAUAUCAGUAAUGUGUUUGGUCCAAAACAGGUUAGUUUUCCUGGUUUCCAUUUAGUCACAACCAAGUCACAUUACACAUCCACUCUUAUGUUUUGUCUGCUGUAUGCAAAUCAGUGCUUAACAGCCCCACCCCUCUUAUUUUAUGUCCAAUGAAUCUUGGAGUGCUCCGUCUUUCUGUUUCAAAAUUUUGUAUGGCAAAGCUAUAUUCUACAACAGCAUACUGUGUUUGAGCAACUGGACUCUGUAGCUCAGUUGGUUAGAGCGCUGUACAGGAAUCCCAGGGCCACCAAGUCGAUUCCUACCAUUGCCAGUAUAAAUCGCGUUAUUCCAGCUGGUCAUCGAUAAACUAUUAAAAUUUAAUCUCAGUUCUUUGCUUUUAUUCAUCUAGCUGCAAACGCUAUUGGAAUUCAAACAAAUUAACCCAACUGCGGAUGAUUGUGAAGAACUAGGCUUGGAGUCAUCACAACUUGACAGCGAUCCUGUAUUCUGCUUGACUGGCUUUGUCUCUCGCUGUGAUCAUGGUACAGGACGAAGUGCAAAUGAUAGACAGUAUAUCUACAUUAAUAAGAGACCAUGUGAUAUGCCAAAACUUACCCGAUUGGUCAACGAAGUGUAUCACGUGUUUAACAGAAACCAGUACCCAUUUUUGGUACUAAAUAUUGACUUGAGCAAAGGUAAGAUUAAGGCUACGUCAGUUAUACUGUACAUAAACUGCAUAGCUUUCCCUAGCGACGUGAAAAAACACUUAUCCGUACCUUUUAGGUAGACUAUUUUCAGAGGAAUUAUUGCAACGGAAAGAUGGUGUUCAGCUUCUGAAAGUUGUACAUUCCGUAUCGGAUAGGUGCUUUGUCGCGCCGCUACGGAAAGCUAUGCAAUUCGCACAUCACGGAAGAACUUUUCAUGUUUUCUCUUUUGCUAGAUCUUGUCGAUGUGAACGUUACUCCUGACAAACGCCAAGUAUUCUUACAACAAGAGAAGCUUCUCUUCGCUACGGUCAAGAGUUCCUUGAAGGCCAUGUACGAUCCGGGUGCCACAAACUAUGAAACUAAUCAAAAACCUUUCGCCCAACUUAAACUGCCCGCGUUUACCAAACGAAAUAAGGAAGAAAACGCAACGGCGUUUUCAAAGUCUAUCAAAGAUAGAUUAUUGUUGGCAGCAAAAGUUUCCAAGAAUAAAGAAGCGUCCUCGAUAUUAAAGUUUACCACAAAAGCUUCAGAGUCUGUCAAGGAGCUGGAUAAUAUUUCAAAAGUCUGCAAGAACGUGGACGCUAUAGUUUCUACCUGCUCUACUAUCGAUUCAGGAACUUCGGCGGCUUCUAAAGAUGAGUUGAGUGAUAUUUCCAAAGUCAACAAAAUUGGGGAGGCUGUAAGUCUCGACUCUACUGAGAUAAAGGCAGAUUCGAAGACUUUGGCUGUUUCUAAAGAUGGUUUGGCGUUGGAUGACGUGUCGGGUAUUGUGAAUACACACAAACAGGGUGAUUCGUCUACUGCCUCCAUCAUUGAAACGCAUGAGGAAGCCUUCAGCCCGCAGAUUGAAAACUCUCCUAGCCCAUCUCCUAUUGGUAAUGGACACUUACCGUUUAAUCCAAAUGAAUACGACCUGAGUUCGACGGAGGUACAUGCUCGAGAAGGCAAGGGUGUUAAUGUAAUCAACUGUGAACCGACCCAUAGUCCAAAACAGAACGAACUGUGCUUAUCGGAAAGCGUACUAGGGGAUCCACCAAGGCAUUCAGUUAGCGAAGAUACCGAACAAUCCCAAGGAAAACUGUGUAAUGUGGAAACAUUUCGAAACUCUGUUGAUAGUGUAACUGAAAAUGGAAAAUGUACAAACAAUCUCAUUCGAGAUAAUGUGGACAUAACGAAAAAGCUAGAAAAUAGUAAAGAGUUAGGAGAAUCAGCAAGAAUUGAAAAUGGAUUUGAGGUUUUGGAUGUAGAAAAUCCGUAUGAAAGUGAAACCGCCUAUGAAAGUGUUAACAUGAAUGGGAAAUAUUCAAGUGAAACUCCGGAAUUGAAACGAAGACGCAGUCCCGAAAGCGACGGUAGUGAAAAUCAAUUUAAUACCAAAAGAAUUAAAGUAGAUGGAGGUUACGAGAAUGAAUUAGAAAGAACCUCACGGAAGAGCAUUGCAGUGAACUUCGAUCUUCAAAAAUUACGUGAAAGGUUCACAACAGAACGCGGCAGCAAAGAGCUUGAAGCCGAAGGAAGUUCGGGCUAUUCUCGUACAUUUCGAGCAACUAUAGCACCGGAAAGCAACCAACGAGCCGAAGAGGAACUCGAAAGACAUAUCACGAAAGAAAUGUUCAGCAAAAUGGAGAUUAUCGGACAGUUUAAUCAAGGUUUUAUUACAACAAAACUUGGAGACGAUCUAUUUAUCAUAGACCAACACGCUUCGGACGAGAAGUACAAUUUUGAAGACCAACAACGCAACACUGUUCUGAAAUCCCAACGACUCAUCUGCCCACAGUCGCUCGAUCUUACAGCCGUAAAUGAAAACAUUCUGAUGGAAAAUUUGGAGGUUUUUCGGAAAAAUGGUUUUGAUUUUGAAAUCGACGAGAAGGCUCCAGUCUCACAAAGGGUUAAGCUGAUGUCAUUACCUGUGAGUAGAAAUUGGAGUUUUGGAAAGUCGGAUAUAGAGGAAUUAAUAUUUAUGUUAAGCGAUAGUCCGGGAGUGAAUUAUAGGCCUUCGAAUAUACGGAAGAUGUUUGCAAGUAGGGCAUGCCGAAUGUCGGUUAUGGUCGGGACAGCGUUAAAUGAUGGUCAGAUGAGAAGAAUUGUUGGUCAUAUGGGCGAGAUGGACCAUCCUUGGAAUUGUCCGCAUGGUAGACCCACCAUGAGACAUUUAAUUAAUUUGAACAUGGUCAGAAAGUAGAAACAUGCUUGAAGAAACAUGGUCAUAUGACCAUACGGGCGAGAUGGACCGUCCUUGGAAUUGUCCUCACGGUAGAUCUAUGAUCAGGCAUUUAAUUAAUUUGAACAUGAUCAGAAAGUAGAAACAUGCUACUGUCGGUUAUUGUAGGGACAGCAUUAAAUGAUAGUCAGAUGAGGAUUGUUAGUCUUAUGCAUGGGUGAAAUGGAUCAUUCUUGGAAUUGCCAGCAUGGUAUAGACCUACGAUGAGACAUUUAACUAGCUGAACAGGGUCAGAAAGUAGAAACAUGUUAUACUAACCACGCGCAUAGAUCAUAUAUUACAUACCUAGUAAACAUACCUUUAUAUAUGUCAGUAUACCAUACAUUGAGCCCUAAAAGAAACAUACAGUUAUGAUUUAUUUUUAAGUCAUUGUUUUAGAUUAGUAAGAUAGACAAAUACAUUUUAUUUAGUAAUAAC